AUGCCGGUCACAGCGCGUCGAAAGCUUUCGUGGAGCGCGUAUGGCAGGUCAGUGCACGAUCGACCGUUCCAGUGAAUCAGUUGAUCCGACCCCUCCUAUACCCAUACCCACCCCUACUCUUACCCCUUCGCACAGAGCUUCCUCAAGAACGCCGGCCACGACGCCAACUCGUUCGGACACCUCAAGGUGACCCAUGUCCCGAAACCGGGCGUCGUCGAGGCCGAGAUGGUGGUGAAGCAGCAUCAGAGUCAGCUCAGCGGACGCACUAGACAGAUUCACACAUCCAUUCGGGGCUGAUUCAGGUUUGCUCUCUCUCUUUUUUUGGGCGGGUCAUAUCUAUCGUGCGAUGGACUCGUUCGCGGCUUGACCGUUCACCCCACACCCCCACUUUCUCAAUCCUCCGUCUCGGCCAUCCCAACGUUCCUGAUCCGCCUUGCAUACCCGUGGGCUAGUCAACCGAGUCGGCGUCAGUCAUCGAUCCCCCCACCAUCGAAUCUGCGAGUAAACCCACUCAUCCCCUACCCAGCUUCCUCCGUUCACCACAGUCCCUCCACGGUGGUCUCACCUCGUCCCUGGUCGAUUCGAUGGGUUCCCUCGCGCUCUCGAGCAGGGGCUUAUGGAUGACCGGCGUCAGUACGGAUAUCAACGUCACGUGAGUCACGAGCACACCUUGGAGGGUCAGAGAAUUCGAUUCUUUGAGGAAUGUAUAGAGUUGGGUGGCCGCUGAUGGAGAAGAAAACUUUUCCCGACCGCCUUCAGGUUCGUCCGCGCCGCUCCGUUGGGUGAAACGGUCAGAUUACAAGCUCACGUGAUCGGACAAGGUAAGCCACCAUAGCAUCUUUCUUCCCAUCCUCACCUCCAUCUCGUAACAAAUUCAUUUCUCCCUGUGCUUGAUAGGUAAAACCCUCGCCUACACGCGCAUCGAGAUGUUCUCCACCAAGACGGGCAAGUUGCUCGCUUACGGUAAGUCAAUCCUAAACAUCCCCGCUCGAAGAAGCAACAAGCCUGAUCAUCGAAUUUCUGAUCAUAUCCUCAGGCUCACAUACGAAAUACAUCGCUUUGGCGUUGAAGUCGGAGCAAAACGUCACGUUUUCGGAGGAUGGGGAGACACAGGUAGAGUAA